AAAGAAAAAUGAAUAAAUUCUAAUAUCGACCGAUCGUUGAACUUAAACAGUAUUUGGCCUGAAUACAAGCCAUGCAUCGUUAUCUAUAUGGGAAUCACUACUAUGACUGACUAGUGGAUGGACUGAUCAUAUUAUGCUGAUCAUCCAUGAUAACUGGCCGAAGGAAUUAGCGCAUAAACAAAGAACCCGAAAUAGAAGAACAAUCAAGUUACCACAGGUUGACUACCCUGGCCUGGGGACGUCCAUCGAUAAACAUUUUGAGGUGUACUUCUUUUGUUGGAUUGCAUAGCUCAGCACUAUAAGAAAUAUGGCACCAAAGAUUGCGCUGAUCACGGGUUGCUCCUCUGGUAUUGGUUUAGCUACAGCUGUAAAGCUUGCCCGGGAUGCAGCGAAAGGGUACGUGGUCUACGCUACAAUGAGAAACCUUGCCAAGAGGAAUGAGUUGGAGAAGGCUGCUGAGAAUGAACUCAAUACUACGCUAUUCGUUCUCGAGCUCGACGUAACGAAACACGACACGAUUACGACUGCGAUCAGUACUGUGAUAGAGAAGCACGGUCGUUUGGAUAUUCUAGUCAACAACUCUGGAGUAGGUAUUUAUGGUCUUCUCGAAAACACGACCUUCGAUCAGAUCAGGAUGGUCAUGGAAACAAACUUCUUUGGGGCAGUGAAGAUGACCCAGGAAGUGAUUCCUAUCAUGAAGAAGCAGAGGUCAGGACGUAUCAUCAACAUUAGCAGUACCUGCGGUAUAUUCGGUAUCCCUUACAUGGAGAUCUACUGUGCCUCUAAAUAUGCAAUGGAGGGAUUUUCCGAGAGUCUUGCGGCUACCCUGAGACCUUACAAUAUUUGGGUGACGACUAUUCAACCUGGUCCCGUCCAUACCAAGUUUGGGGAGAACAUCUCGGUCAAUAAUCUUCCGACUUUUGACACUCCUCGUCAACUUGACCCGAGCGACUUGUUUCGACGAUCAGUCGAGAAAAGCUCAUCGGUUCUUAAACAAUCGGGAGAGUUCGAUGAUAAUCCACAGAAACCUGACGACAUAGCUGAUGUUAUCCACAAGGCAAUAACUGAUGAUAGGCCUCAUUUCCAAUACCCGACAAGUGAAUUUCGCAUCAAAUACGCGGCCAAGAAGUUCGUCAACCCUUCUAAUGAUGCAAUGGUCGACUACUUUGCCGACGCGUGUACCCCAUGAGAAACACUUAAAGCAAAUAAUCAUCUCAUAUCUAAAUAAGAUAGCUUUUAUACAACAAAGAUAUUACAUAUAGUUAUUACAUUGCAUAAUUACAUAUCGACUUCAUUCUCCGCACAAAGGAACUUUAUUCAUUCAUCAACUUGUUUUAUCUAGCGACGCUAUGGAAAAUUUCAUUAUUUGGAAGAAUACCAGCAGAUCCAUUCUUGAACUUGCCCAAUAUAAUUCCCUUUUUCUUUUAAAAUCGUAUUUUAUUCAUUUUGGUUGGAUUCCUCUGGAAGAAAACUCUAAAAUAGAUGAUACAAACUAUCGACAUAUUGUUUCAUGAAUUGUGGGAAAUAGGAGGAUUUACUAACAGUUUAAAGUAUUUUUCAUAUUUUUCGGAAAAUGUCACGAGUGAUCAUUAACGAGAAAUGCAAUUGUGACGUUUAUAAAAGUAGAAAAACCAAACUUUAUUUUAAAAGAAAAAUAAAUGAUCAGAUAAUUGGAUUGAAAUACAAUAAUGCUAAAUGUGAUUACGUCAUGGACAAAAUGUAAAAAUAAACCCAAAAGAAUAGUGGACUACUUGUAACUAC